AGUCCAAUACCGUGUUGAAAACAAACGUAAACGUAAACGCGAAUGUAAAUGUAAAAAUCGAUAAGCCACACGCAGCCAGCCAACUGAACGCGAACGUGUCCGUGUGUGUUUUGUGGAGCGAGGGGAUUGAACGGGGGGAACUGACCAAAAAUCGGUGGCCCUGGCCAAAAACGCAAAAACUCCGGCCCAAAAAAAUACAAGAAAAGCAAAGCACAGCAAAGCAAAGCAGAGCAAAGCAAAGCAGAGCAGAGAGAGCGACUCGAAACUCCAGCCCAAAUGACGGAUACGGGUCUGACAACGAAUCAAGCGCCGAAAUGUGUGAAGUGGCUGUGAAACCCGAGGAAUCCUAACUAAAAACCAAACCAAUUUACAAUAAAAUGCAAAUUACUAAGAAUAUUUAACCGAAACGCUCCAGACCACACCACUCCACACACACACACCCACACACACAGAGACACACGAAACACAGCAGAAAUGCCAGGCCUGAAACUCAACAAGCUGUACGACUAAAACUUUAAGAGAUCUUUCGGCGAGCCAAACUCUAUAUACAAUAUAUACAAUAUAUAUAUAUAUAUAUAUAAUUAUAUAUAUUUUCACAUGCGAGAUAACAACAGCAACGUUUCCUUUCCGCUUUUGCCACAAAUAAUACCCCCUGAGACGGUCUUUGCUCGCUCGAAACUCGACACUAGCUUCAGCACUUAGCCCUCUAAGAUCAACCAACUGGAUCCUGAUCAAGCUCCUAGCCAAAAACUCCAACUCCAAAACCUCUAAUCUACAAAGAACAAAACCCCGAAAAUGCCGCGCUGCCUGAUAGCCAAGAAGUGGAAGGCCUAUCCCUGGCUGGAUCGGACGGAGGAUACUAGCAACCAGCAGCAGCAACAGCAGCAGCAGCAGCACAGUGCCUCCAGCUCGCCUCGAGAACUGGAGGAGCUCCAUCUGAAGUCCAGACGCUCCACCCUGGACGACGAUGAGGAGAUCGAUGUGGUGGGCGAUAAAUUCCUGAUCAAGUUGGAGAAGCAACGCACAACAGCAGAUGCCGCAGCAGCAGCAGCCGCAGCAACAUCAUCCGAAGCAGCAACAUCGCACAGUAGCAGUAACAACAACAUGGAGCCAUCCACGACGACGACGACAACGACGACAUCCAAGUGCUGGGGACCCAGUUCACCCACGGCGGGCACCACGGCUCCAAGUCCGCCACCCCAUUCGCCGGAGGCGGCGACGCGAGUGGCCGGCAAUGUUUACAACGGCUACACCCGCGAACUCUCGCCGCUGCACUACACCGCGUACCUGCCCCGCAUGGAGAGCGAGAUAACCGUGAUCCGUGCCGCGGCCACAGCUUUGGUGGCAGCCAGGACAUCUGGCAACGGAAGUGGAGAUCAGCACCUGGCCGCCUACCAAACGCCGCCCUCGUCCACCACGUCAUCACCCUCUUGUUCGCCCAGCGGCGCCGGCGAUCGGUACAGUCCGCUCUCCAGUGGACAGACCUCCAGCGAACGGAAGUGUUUCAGCAGUACGGGUGCCACACUGUCGCUGCCGCCGAAGAAGAAGGACAUCUACAGGCCCUACUCCCUGGACGACAAGCCGGCGCACGGCUAUCGAAGAAGGGUUCCGGCGGAGGAGGACCUGCAUGCCGCACAUGCUAUCCUGGAUCUGAGUGCCAGCACAGCCUUCCACCCGCCCACGCAGCCUCACCAGCUGCAGCAGCAGCAGCAGCAGCAACAGCAACAUCAGCAGCAGCAUCACCAUUCCCAGCAGCAACACCUUGCCCCGCAGCAACAUCACUACUUGCCACUGCAGCAGCAGCAACAGCAGCAGCAGCAGGCACACCACACCCACUUGCCAACUCUCGAGACGCAUGCGCAUCUGCGCAGCACGUCAUCGAUUGCCGAACUGGCUGCAGCGGCCAGUGUGGUAAAUGAGCAACGCCCCGCCAGCAAUGCCUCGAGUGCCAGCAGCAAUCACAUGCCCAGCAGUCCCAGCAGCAACUCGAGCAGCAGCAGCAGCCAGGUGCAGAACGAGAACAGCAACACCACCAACACGAACCCGGAUGGGGAUGGAUGCCUUCAGGAUGGGGAGCACGGUGGCGCCUCCGGUGCCUCGGCCAAAACAGUGGCGUACACCUACGAGGCCUUCUUCGUCAGCGAUGGCCGCUCGAAACGCAAACAUGUGGCGGAUCCCGCAGCUGUCGCCGCCGGUGUGCCCACUCCUGACCAGCAGAAGACCAAGUACACCUGCUCCGAGUGCGGCAAGCAGUAUGCCACCUCCUCGAACCUGUCGCGCCACAAGCAAACGCAUCGCUCGCUGGACUCGCAGUCCGCCAAGAAGUGUCACACCUGUGGCAAGGCCUACGUCUCCAUGCCCGCCCUGGCGAUGCACUUGCUCACGCACAAGCUAUCCCACAGUUGCGGCGUUUGUGGCAAGCUCUUCUCGAGGCCGUGGCUGCUCCAGGGUCACCUGAGAUCGCACACGGGCGAGAAGCCCUAUGGAUGUGCGCACUGCGGCAAGGCCUUCGCCGAUCGUUCCAAUCUGCGAGCACACAUGCAGACCCAUUCGGUGGACAAGAACUUCGAGUGCAAGCGGUGCCACAAGACCUUCGCCCUGAAGUCAUACCUCAACAAGCAUUUGGAGUCGGCUUGCCUGAAGGACGAGGAGGAGCUGAUGAUGUCCAUGUCGCUGUCGAUGCACGACAGCAACAGCGAGAGUGGGGCCAGUAUGGCCUCGUCGCCGCCACACGAGUUCCUUGAGCGCGUCAAACUCGAGGGCAGCGGAGGAGCCACUUAUGCCAUGUAAGCAUCAAACGCAUUGGGCGCGCCACAGAAAUCUCUAGGGACUUGAAACGAAGUCGUGAUCCGGCUCGGUGGACCAGACUUGGGGAUUUCUGUUGCAACGCCGAUAAACAAAGAGGAAGGAGGAUGUGCUGUAACUGCA